AUGACUUUUCAUCCGCAGAGAGAGCUCACAGCUCAGAGGAAUCGCUACUGGUGUGAGACUAUUUUCAAAGUCCAGGAUCAAGAGGAAAUUGCCAACCAGUCUCCUGGAGAGAGCCUGAGGACACCGGUCAGCCUCAGGUUACAGCCCUCUGCCGCUCCGAGCCCUGGACCUGAGACUCACGACCACUUUGAGCAGGACUUUGAAUCCCUGCUGGCAGAGCAAGGGGAGCCGCUGCAUGACCAUCAAACCUUGAAUCUGUUGCCACCUCUGGUGAAUCUGCCCCAUGGGGAGACCUGUGCGGGGGAUGACUCUGAAGAAAGCAGCGAACAGGCCAGCUCCGACAGCCAGUGGAGCAGAGUCGGCCGGCACUACGGAGGCUCCAGCACCUUCUGCCACUUCAGCUUGGCCAUGGUGGAGCAGUGUCUGAGGGGAGAAGAGCUGCGAGCUCGACACCAGGCUGCCCUCCUCAAGCUCCGCAAAAAAGCUCUCCGGGAAAAAGCUGGGGCUGAGCUGGCCUGGCUGGGCCACCAGAAACGCUGUCUGGAAAACCUGCAAGAUAGUAAGGGAGCCUCUGCCAUGGCUGCAAAGCAGCAGAAAAUCCUAAUGGAGCUGAAACAGGAGCAGACAUUUGUUCAGGGUGAAACUAUUAAAAUAAUGAACCUGGAAAAGAAUGACUUAGAAAUGAAAAGAAAAUUCCUUAAUAUGACCAAGUAUGGAAACUGUAAGAGAGACAGAGUGGACCUUAUUCUGAUUCAGGAGCUCCGCAAAGAAGAAUCUCAGUGGACUUGCUAUGAUGAUGAUGAAUUAACUGUGAAGAUGAGAAUGACUGAAGACAUAUUUGAUAGCUUGAUCCUUGAUACAAUCAGAGUUCUUAAUACAAUUUAUCUGAGAAAAGCCUACUGGGAAUCUGCAAUUAGAGUUGGUGUGCUGGAUUGCGGGGAAGAGGAGAACUAUGAGACAUGCAAAGAAUAUGGUAUUCACUAUUACCCAACUUUUAGGUACUUCAAAGCAUUUACAAAGCAGUUUACUACUGGAGAAAAUUACAAAGGAGCAGAUCGAGAGCUGCAAACAGUUCGUCAGAUGAUGAUUGACUUCUUACAGAACCAUUCCCAAGAGUUGAGACCACCUGCUUGCCCACCGUUGGAUCCAGUUUCGUCCAGUGAUAUUACUUCUCUCUUUGACAAGAACAGCCAUCAUUAUACUGCCAUUGUGUUUGAAAGUAACAACUCCUAUGUUGGACGAGAGGUUAUCUUAGACUUGAUCCAGUAUGAAAACAUCGUUGUAAAGAGAGCGUUGAAUUUUGAUAAGCCUUUUCUUGAGAAACUUGGUAUUACCUCAGUCCCUUCAUGCUAUCUGAUGCAUCCAAAUGGGUCCCAUGGAUUAAUUAACAUUUUGAAGCCUCUACGGUCUUUCUUUUCUUCAUAUUUAAAGUCACUGCCAGGUGUAAGAAAAAAACUUCUUUUGCCACUUCAGCUACCUGCUCAAGAAAAAAGAGAGGAGAGUACAGAAAUCAAGGUGUGGAAAGAGUUUGAUAAAUCUAAGCUGUACAUGGCUGACCUUGAAUCGGGAUUGCAUUACCUGCUCAGGGUAGAGCUUGCUACGCACAAGACACUUGAGGGAGCUGAGCUAAAGACUUUCAAGGAUUUUGUUACCAUCUCUGCCAAGCUCUUUCCUGGCCGUCAGCCUGUGGUAAAGUUGUUAGAGACCUUGCAAGAAUGGCUGGUGAGCCUUCCAUUAGACAAAAUCCCUUAUGAUGCUAUCCUAGAUCUGGUCAACAACAAAAUGCGGAUUUCUGGGAUAUUUCUCACUAAGAAAGUUCAGUGGGUCGGAUGUCAGGGCAGCAGACCAGAGCUGAGAGGUUACACCUGUUCCCUUUGGAAGCUGUUUCAUAUCCUAACUGUUCAAGCUGCACUGCGACCAAAAGCUUUGAUAAGUACAGGUCUUGAAGACAAUCCCCAAACAGUACUUCAGAUCAUGCGGAGAUACAUUCACCACUUUUUUGGAUGCAGGGCUUGUGCUCAGCAUUUUGAAGAAAUGGCUAAAGAGUCCAUGGAUUCCGUUAAAACCUUAGACGCGGCUGUUCUCUGGCUCUGGGAGAAACACAACGUAGUGAAUAACAGGCUCGCAGGCGAUUUGACUGAAGAUCCAAAAUUUCCCAAAGUUCAGUGGCCACCUCCAGACAUUUGUCCUGCAUGUCAUGAAGAAAUUAAAGGAUUACACAGCUGGAAUGAAGCCCAAGUUCUACAGUUCAUGACGGAUCACUAUAACAGUGAAAAUAUUCUAUAUAAAUACGCUGAAAGCCAGACUGACUCCAGUGAAACUGAGCAGGGAGAUACGAGGGAGGUGAAAGACAAAAGCCUACUGAAGAAACCAAGUGGAAACAGAGAAAAUAAGAUCCAGGAUAAAGAAAAUAUACUAGAUUCAGAAUCUAAGGUGUUAGAUAAGCUAGUAGCGAAUCAUGGACCUGUCAAAGAUAGCGGUAAAAGCGCAGUUGGUUCAGCUAACCUUAAACAGACGAAGCAGGCCGUGUCUUUCUUGGGGAUUGGAUUUUCAAACAUAGACAUGAGUCUGUGUGUCAUACUGUAUGUCGCUUCAUCCUUAUUUUUAAUGAUAAUGUACUUUUUUUUCCGAAUGAGAUCUAAACGGUGGAAAGUGAAGUAUUAUCGGUCAUCUGUAUAGAAGUUACAAUGAAAACUUUGUUUCCGAUUUAAUGUGGCUGUUCAGUACCAGAUACAGCUUUAAUAUUUAUGAUCAGGGAUUUUAUAUACAGUAUUCCUUGUCUAAAACCCCUUUCUUCCCAGGUCAUUUCACAAGUGUUCUUGCUUAAUAUACGGAGCUCGCAGUAAGAACUCUAAUCUUUAACUGAGGCACAUAGUGCUAUCAUAAAAUGUCCACUGAAGUAAGCAUUGCAUUUUUUCAGUUAAGAUUUUUCCGUGACUUACCACCUACAUCCUUUACUCAUUUUCAGAGUAAACAUUACAUUAUGCAAUCAACUGUGCCUGGGUUUAGAAGGAAAUUGGAUAUUGUUUUGUGUACUUCAAGGCAGGUUUUUUUUUAAUUUAUCCAGAGCUGAUUUUACCUACCAGAGUCCUGAACAGUUAUGCUGUUACCUUGGCCGCUUCAUUUGGAGAACCAAGAAUUCUGAUUUUUUUUCAGGAAACGAGUUCUAUUCUGAUUAAAUCGAUUCUAAACCUA